CUCCUCCUCCUCCUGCCGGGCGGGGCGGGGGUCGGCAGUCCCGGCGCGCUGCCGCCGCGUGGAGCCGCGCUGCGUGUUCCCGAUCCCGCAUCCCGAUCCCAUAUCCCGAUCCCAUAUCCCGGUCCCACACCCCGGUCCCGGCUCCCUCCGCCGCCCCGAGCCGUGCCCCCGCUGCGGGCCGGCGGCGCGGGGAUGGGCGCGGGGCUGUGAGCGCGGCCGUGAGCCGUGGCCAUGGGGAACAUCUCCUCCAACAUCUCCGCCUUCCAGUCCCUGCACAUCGUCAUGCUGGGCCUGGAUUCGGCGGGCAAGACCACGGUGCUCUACCGCCUCAAGUUCAACGAGUUCGUCAACACCGUGCCCACCAUCGGCUUCAACACCGAGAAGAUCCGGCUCAGCAACGGGACGGCCAAGGGCAUCAGCUGCCACUUCUGGGACGUGGGCGGCCAGGAGAAGCUGCGCCCGCUCUGGAAGUCCUACAGCCGCUGCACCGAUGGCAUCAUCUACGUGGUGGACUCAGUGGACGUGGACCGGCUGGAGGAAGCCAAAACGGAGCUGCACAAGGUGACCAAGUUCGCGGAGAACCAGGGCACCCCGCUGCUGGUCAUCGCCAACAAGCAGGACCUGCCCAAAUCGCUGCCGGUGGCCGAGAUCGAGAAGCAGCUGGCCCUCCACGAGCUGACCCCUUCCACCACCUACCACAUCCAGCCCGCCUGCGCCAUCAUCGGCGAGGGGCUGACGGAGGGCAUGGACAAGCUCUACGAGAUGAUCCUCAAGCGCAGGAAGUCCCUCAAGCAGAAGAAGAAGCGGACAGACAAUAGUGGUGAUAACAAAGCGGCUCCCGCCAGCCGAGCCCAGAUCCCGGAGCUCCCCUCUCCCACCGCCCCGUGCUCCUGAGGGUCUGAUCCGGACUCCUUUGGGCUGGAAACAUGGAAAAACGGGAUGAAUCCCCCCUCUCCAUCCUCCGGGACCGCCGAGCCUUUGUGUGCCGGGGAACCAGCAGGGCAGGACCUUGUUGGAGUGCGUUCGAGCGGAGCCCGGCGUGCUUUUGGAUCUUUAACGUGGGCAUUGGGGGGGCACCUGGGGUGUGGACGCCAGCCCCCCACAUGCAUUUUGGGGCGGGGGGGCCGAUGCUGCGGAGGGUGGGGAUGCACCGUGGCUCGGCAAGGUCAGCGGGGAGGGGGCUUGCAGCCCUUGUCCCUGCAUCCCCGCAUCCCUGGAUCCCUCCCCCGCGGGCGGCGGUGGGAAGGGGUGUUGCAAGCUUGGAGGGAGAGGGGGGGUUGGACCAGCAGAAAAUGUAUUAGAGGGGUGAGUGUGAUGGGUAAGGGGACAUCCACCCACCCUGGCUGGUGUUUUAGGGUGCAGAGCAAGGACGGGCAGCCUUUGGGUUGGGGGGGAGGAUGCGACACUGGGGUGCUGAGCAGCUGCUGAGUGGUGCAGAGCUUCAAGCUCUUGGCUCAAAAAAAAGGGUGAAAAAAAGGAAAAAAAAAAAAGCACCCAAGAGUUUGGGGUGAACACUGCUGGGAGCGUUGGGGUGGUUGUGCAGGACCCCCGUUUCUCAAAGGCUCGGUGGUGUCACCUCCUGCAGCAAAGCCCCCGCAGGUGUGCAUUGGCUCCGUGCACAGGGCGCUCCCAGGUGCGGCUUUGGAGGUGAUCCGAACUAGGGGUCGCUUAGUAAAACCCCCCAAAAAGGCAGAGUUUGGGGUUCUGGCCACUGUGCUGCUCUGCAGUGGGGCAGGAGGCCAAGUUGGGGGGGGGGUUAUGGCAGGGCAGGACGGAUGGAUGGAUGGAUGGACAGAGAGACGUGGCCAGAGCCUGCAAAAAAAUCUCUGCUGGAAAGGGAAGAUGGCAGAGGGUGAAGAGGCAUGCUGGGGUUGUGGUAGUUUUUUAAUAAAGAUGAAAACCUGAUUAAAAGCCCCUCACUUCCCCCAGUAGCCACCUGGGCAAGCUCUGCCUGCAGAGCAGGGUCGGGCCUGGCCACCUCCUCCUGCAGGGGAACAUUUUGGUACCUGCAUGGGGCUGGAGACCAGAACCCGCUUGCUGUCCGUGUUUCAGCCUGGGAUCCUGCUCUCCGGGGUCCUGGCUUCCCACAGAGCUGAGGCAGGCGGCCCUCCGGGGCCAAAUAUCCUGAAUUUGGAGGCAGGCAGGCAGGCAGGAUUUUUUGGUGAUUUUACACCAGCUUUUCCAUUUGCCAACCCCUUCCCAGAGCAGCCAAGGGGAAAGCACCAAGCAGACAAAAGCAAAAUGCCCUUCGGGUUUUGGGGAGUUGAUCCUCCCCUUGCAGUGACGAGCACCUUCCACACAGCAUUUUUGGGGGGCGGGGGGGUGGGGCGGGUUUGUUAGGGGAACAAACAAAUGUUGCAGCCGAGUUGUGUUUCUUCUCUUGUGGGGUUUGAGUUCCCGAUUUGUGUGGGCUGGUCCCAUCCGUUCAGGUGGCUCUUCCCGCUUCCUCGGGUUUCCCUGCUUUGUCUUCACCUCCAACACUUUGGUACUUGCAGUCAAAAGAGAGAGAGAGAGAGAGAGAGAGAAAAGAAUUAUUUAUUUUUGAUGCCACAGAAGCCACAUGUAUUAACCCUUUUUUGGGAGAGCGACCUGUUUGAAAUGUCAAAGCUGUGCUGACCCCAGCAGCUCCAGAGGGAUCAGGUUCUAGGAGUGACACGUGCAGGCUGUUAGUGGUGGGUUUUUUUCCCCUCCUGGCUGGUCUCUGUUCAGCAAAUGCUGAAGGAAAGGCUGUUUUUGCAGAGCUGGGUCCUUGCUGGGAGCUGGUUCCACCCGGCUGAGCAGCCCCUUGGAGAGAUGGCAGAGCGCUGGAAGGUUUGGCUGAGCCGGGUGGGACGCUGAGCCGUGCCCUUGCCAGCCACUCUGCUUUCUGCAAUAAUUAAAAAGACUUUUCCAACGAGUAGCUCCUGGCUUCCGUGGUGUUUCUGUAACCUUCCUCCACCACCCCGUUUCCCCCCCGUGUGAAGACGAGCGUCGCCCUCGGUGGGCUGCAAGAAGAGGGGCCUCAGCAGAGCAGCUCCCAAAGGGGAACUGUCUGGGCUCUUUGCAAGUUGUGCAUUUUCUCAGAUUAUGAAUGACCUGGGGUAUUUUUUUGGCAGGUCUCAUUCCCCCAGGUCCGUUUGCCGUGUUCCCAUCCGCGAUAUCCCGUCCUGCCCUCGCCAUUGUCCGUCAGCCUCUGUUCCUCCCGUCUCCUUUUUUCUUUUUCUUUUUCUGUUUUGUUUUUUUUUUGUUUUUUUUUUUUUUUUUUAAUGGUGCAGACAUAAUGCUGUGAACUGAAAUAAAUUAUUUAUACAAUGAAAGGGCCUGAUAAAAAAAAAAACAAAAAACAAAAACAACCAAA